UGCUUCUAUCCCGGCAUAACAUCCCUUUUGCUAUAAAAGCCCCACGUCAAGAAAAAGAUCCCUUGCGUGCCUAGCCUUUCCUUCAUUCUUGUAGUAACAGAUUUCUUCUGAAAAAAAAAAAAAAAACUUCCAAUGUUGGGUGAAAAAGAUAGCCCAAAGAAACCAUAUGGUACCAAUUGCUCUAAUAAUGGCAACAUAAAAAACAAAAAGAAGAAGAAGAGAGGUGGUAGCAAGAGAAAAUUGAGUCUUGAACAAACUGUAGCAUAUAAAUCCGUAAGUGAAUGGGUCUUCUUGGACAAUUCUGCGAAUUCAUCAUCUGCCGCUGAAAUUAUUGAUGACUUUGGGGUGGUGCACUGGAAUCAUCCAAAGGAGAGGCUGGUCUUUGACUUUCACUGUCAUUCGAUUCACAGUGAUGGGUUCUUAUCACCGACCAAGCUUGUUGAAAGAGCCCAUCAAAAUGGGGUGAAAGUUCUUGCUUUGACAGAUCAUGAUACACUGUCUGGUAUACCUGAAGCCCAGGAAGCAGCUUUCAGAUUUGGGAUCAAGAUUAUUCCAGGAGUUGAAGUUAGCACAGUUUUCUAUCCAAGAGGAGAGACAGGAUCAGAAGAACCAGUUCAUAUUCUCGCAUACUAUAGUGUGUGUGGACCAACAAGGAUAGAGGAAUUAGAGAAGCUGCUACUUGGUAUAAGGAAUGGACGUUUCCUUCGUGCAAAGAGCAUGGUUUCAAAAUUAAACAAAUUGAAGCUGCCUCUCAAGUGGGAGCACAUAACCAAGAUUGCAGGCACAGGGGUUGCUCCUGGUAGGCUGCAUGUUGCUCGUGCUUUGGUUGAAGCAGGCCAUGUAGAGAACCUAAAACAGGCCUUUUCAAGAUAUCUUUACGAUGGUGGACCUGCUUAUUCUACGGGAAGUGAACCAAAUGCAGAGGAAGCAGUUGAACUGAUAUGUAAAACAGGAGGUGUUGCAGUUCUGGCACAUCCCUGGGCACUAAAAAACCCAGUGGCUGUGAUUAGAAGGCUAACAGAAGCAGGCUUGCAUGGAAUAGAAACUUACAGAAGUGAUGGGAAACUGGCAGUUUACAGCGACCUUGCUGAUGCAUAUGGUCUUGUGAAGCUUGGAGGAUCAGAUUACCAUGGGAGAGAUGGACAGCAUGAGUCUGAUCUGGGGAGCGUGAGCCUUCCGAUGUCGUCGGUGCAUGAAUUUCUUAAGGUUGCCCGCCCAAUUUGGUUCAAGGCUAUUGUGGAUAUCUUGGAAAAAUAUGUCAAAGAUCCCAAUGAUGCAAAUUUUCAUUUUAUAACCAAGUUUGAGAAAAUAAGGCUGCGUAAGAGUAUUUCUGCUUUUAGUUCUGCCAGUGACUUGAUUAACCAUUUGUUAUCAUUGUGGCUGACAAAGGAAGAGAGACUGAAUCCAGAGCUCGAGGCUAUCAAGCUAAAGCUCUCCGCUGUUUCAGUCAGUCACGCACAGCCUGAGACUGAUGCUGCAAGAACAAAGUAAACAUCACGUUGGAAUCGAGAUUUGUUUCUUUGCUCCCCUUGUUGUCUGGGAUGGUGAGGAUAUUCAGUUUUGCAGUCCUUUUUUGCGGGUUAUGUUCAGAGUUUUCCUUGAAGCAUCAUUUGUCAAUCUCCCUUUUUGCCUAUUGAAGUGGCUUUUCAUUUCACCUUGUUCUAGAAGAAGCUAAUGAAAAAAGAAACUCUCUCUACCUUGUCAAGU